AUGGUGUCCAACAACACACAACCCUCCUCCUCUGGCUGUGCUUCUUCCAGCACUGUGACCAUAGACGUGGCCGUCUCGUACCUUUACUUCUUCUUGUUCCCCGUUGCGCUACUGCUCAACGGGGUAGCAGCGUGGGUGUCUCUGCAUCUCCCGUCCACCUCCACCUUCAUAGUUUAUCUCAAAAACCUGGUGGCUGCUGACCUGCUCAUGACCCUGACGCUCCCGCCGAUGGCAGCCAGCAUGCUGCCCGGAGCAGCAGCUGGGUUAAGGGCGUUCAACUGCCGUUACUCUAGUGUCCUUUUCUACUGCAGUAUGUACACAAGUAUUACUUUAUUGGGUCUGAUCAGCCUUGACCGCUUCUUCAAAAUUGUUAGACCAUGCGGAAUGUUGUUGGGACAAAACGUGGUCCUCAGUCUUGUAAUGUCCACCGUGGUUUGGGUGGGGGUAUUUGGCAGUACAGCCAUCCCAACUAUCAUUCUAACAGACCAGCAUCCUGUUAAUAUAACAGGCGAUUUCUGUAUGUCCCUGAAGGGUCCAACAGGUGUGGCUUUUCACAAGUUUGUGGCUCUAGCUAUGGAGAGUCUUUUCUGGCUUGUCAGCAUCGUGAUUGGGUUUUGCUACAUCUGCAUCACCCUGAAAGUCCUGCAGUCCUUCAGAAACUCUGGGAGCAACAACAGCCACGGAAAGCAGAGGACCAAGCUACGAGUCUUCCUGAUCCUUCUUGUGUUUUUUGUGUGUUUUGUGCCUCUCCACGUGAUGCGUGUUCCAUUCACACUGUAUAAAACUGCAGACAUGUGCAUGGAAAUGUGGGUGACAAUAAUGUAUAAAUUGGUCCUGUGGCUCUCCGCCACUAACGCCUGCCUGGACCCUCUUGUCUCCAUCUACCUAUGCAGGGAGGUCAGAGAAAAACUGGUUGAUAUGAUGAAAGCUAGAGGGAUCUGUGUCGGGUUAUAUUCAGGUCAAAAUGAGAAUGUUUCACAGUAG